GUAAGGGAAUGAAAACUGGGAACUGAAUGCUACCAGAAAAAGGAAGAGAGCCUGAAAUUCCUGUUUUCAAAUAUACACCUCUUUGGCUGCUGAAGCAAAAUGGGACCAGAGUGGUCUCAGGGACCACAGACAUGCCACAGAGAGGACUUAGAGGGUUAGGGGGUUAUAAACCCUUCACCAUCCCACAUACACAGUGAUCUGGGGUAGAGUAGGCAGAGUUCAGAGAAUACAUACCCUUCUCCAGGGACCCUAAGUAAUGUGGAUGAUCACACUUUAUCUUCCUCUCUUUUUCUUCUGUAUUGGGGGUGGAAUUCAGGGCCUUGUACACAGUAGGCAAGUGUCCUAUCACGGAGCUACGCGCCAGCACUUAGUGCAUAUUUGGUUAAUGAACUUGCUGAAUGAAUGAGCAGAUGAGGAAGUGGAGCUGAGUAGAUGUCCAGGCUGCUCAUUCAGGCAUUCAAGGAGUUCUGAUUGAGAAUUUAGCACCCACCCCCAAGCACCCAGGCACUACUAAAGAAUGGAGACUUGGGCUGGGAGUGUAGCUCAGUGUUAGAGCAUGUGUGAGAACUUGGGUUCAACUUCCAGGAUUCAUCUCCCAAAACAUAAAGCCUUGAGUCCCACAUACUGAAGUACUAAGUUUGGUGUUUUUGAAAUGAUGCUUGCCUUGCCAGAAGGGGUGUGCUCUGCGGAAAUCCAGUUGUGACAAAGGCAGCAGAACGAGUUCAACUUCCCUUCUUUUGGGCCCCAGGACAAAAAUAUUUCAUAGGCUGAUGACCCAAAGCACCUGCCGCCCCCUCCCGGAGAGCCUGGAGAGCCAGAACCACAGGACCGGCAUGGGAGCCCCACUUUGGAAUCUGCCAGUCCCAGAGCACUGGGGUGGGCUGAGGCCGACCAUGCCCAGCCUGCUGUUGCUGUUCACUGUGGCUCUACUCUCUAGCUGGACCCAGCUGCUGACGGAAGCCAACUCCUGGUGGUCAUUAGCUAUGAACCCAGUGCAGAGACCCGAGAUGUUUAUCAUUGGUGCUCAGCCUGUGUGUAGUCAGCUGCCUGGGCUCUCCCCUGGCCAGAGAAAACUGUGCCAACUGUACCAAGAACACAUGGUCUACAUUGCGGAGGGGGCCAAGACGGGCAUCAGGGAGUGCCAGCACCAAUUCCGGCAGAGGCGGUGGAACUGCAGCACUGUGAACAACACAUCUGUCUUUGGCAGAGUCAUGCAGAUAGGCAGCCGGGAGACUGCUUUCACCUAUGCUGUGAGUGCUGCGGGCGUGGUCAAUGCCAUCAGCCGGGCUUGCCGAGAGGGUGAGCUCUCCACAUGCGGCUGCAGCCGGACAGCGCGGCCCAAGGACCUGCCCCGGGACUGGCUGUGGGGUGGCUGUGGGGACAAUGUGGAGUAUGGCUACCGCUUUGCCAAGGAGUUUGUGGAUGCCCGGGAGCGGGAGAAGAACUAUGCCAAGGGGUCGGAGGAGCAGGGCCGCGUGCUCAUGAACCUGCAGAACAACGAAGCAGGUCGGAGGGCUGUGUAUAAGAUGGCAGAUGUCGCCUGCAAAUGCCAUGGUGUCUCAGGGUCCUGCAGCCUUAAGACCUGCUGGCUCCAGCUGGCUGAAUUCCGCAAAGUGGGGGACCAGCUGAAGGAGAAAUACGACAGUGCAGCUGCCAUGCGGAUCACCCGCAAGGGCAAGCUGGAGCUGGUCAACAGCCGCUUCAACCCGCCCACCCCAGAGGACCUGGUCUACGUGGACCCCAGCCCAGAUUACUGCCUGCACAAUGAGACCACAGGCUCCCUGGGCACCCAGGGCCGCCUCUGCAACAAGACCUCGGAAGGCAUGGAUGGCUGUGAGCUCAUGUGCUGUGGCCGUGGCUACGACCAGUUCAAGAGCGUCCAGGUGGAGCGCUGCCACUGUCGGUUCCACUGGUGCUGCUUUGUCAAGUGCAGAAAGUGCACCGAGAUUGUCGACCAGUACAUCUGUAAAUAGCCAGGGAGACUCCGCUCCUCUGAUGCUCUCCUUCACUCUGCCUCACAAGAGUCUAUAUUAUAUAAAUCUAUAUAAAUAUAUUUUAUAUUUGUAAAAAUAAAUGGCUAGAUGAUAAAUAAUCAAGAGAAGAAAAUGGAAAGGAAAGCUUAUUUAAGAGAACUUGGCCACCUCUGCUCCCAGUGGGAAGGAGAAGGGUAUUAUUUCCCUCCCUCUGGAGAGGACUCUCAGGAUGUAGGAUGUGGAAAUACUUCCUGUCUGUCCACCACCGCCUCGAGGAGUCAGGCAGUGGUUGGAUGGAGGAGACGACUUCAAUCUUGCCCAGAAGUCAGGAGGCUUUGCUAGGUUGAUGGUUUCCCAUGACCCCACCCUCGGGCCAAGAGACUUUGUGGAAGGUAGGGGACCUCGGCCUAACCCUGAUGGCUUCAGGGUCUAGCCCAGAACACAGCUUGGUCCAGUAAGGAGCCUGGUGCAUUCCUGCUGUUAUCUGGAUGCACAUUUGCAGAACACACACUGGCAGAAAUAGCUCCUUCCCAGCACAAGGAGAGGGAGAGGUUGAUGGCACCCUGACCUGGUGACUCCCAGGCCUGUCUUUCCUGCGAGAACCCUCCACAGUUCAUAACUCCUGCACCGAGAGGAAAGGGGGUCAUUCAACCUGCCGUGGCAGGAGAGGUGUGAGCUAGGCGUUUGUGCCUGGGCUGCAGGAACUUGGACUGAGUGAACGUUGCACUGUCCUCCCAUACAGGGGGAGGAAACUGCUGCUGCUGCUGCUGCUGCUUUUAUCUGUCAAGGGAAGCCUCACAGACUAUAGCGUGUGUCGCCAGGUCAGAGAGCCUGGCAUGCUCUCUUCAUCUCUGUCCAGAUGUAUAGUUAACCUCUAUAUUAAAUAUCCUUCACCCA